AUGGCUUGGAACAAGAAUGUUCCUGAGGUUCUUCCCUCUAUGGGCAGUCAUUUCGACUCUAGGUCCCAGGACCCUUUUGAGACUUGGAAACUGGACAUUAUGUCAGAAAAUGAGUCCACUUCAAAUGAAUUCACAGUGAAAGGUUUUUCAGACUUACCAGAACUACAGUUUCCUAUUUUUAUAACAUUUGUAUCGGUGUAUCUCUUCAUUAUCUUCAGUAAUCUUAUUGUUUUUACAUCUAUAGUUUUGUUCUCUCAUUUACACACACCCAUGUACAUCUUCUUGUGUAACCUAUCAGUCAUUGAUAUCUCAUACACCUCGACCAUUCUACCCAAACUGUUGGCUAUGCUCCUCACUCAGUGUAAGACCAUAUCCUUUCUAGAAUGCUUUAUUCAGGUGUAUUUUUUCAUAUCUUUUACUGUUGCAGAAGUUUUAUUAUUGGCUGCCAUGGCUUAUGAUCGCUAUGUAGCAAUCUGUCACCCUCUCCAUUACUUAAUUCUUAUGAGUUCAAAGCACUGUGCUCAACUUGUACUUGCAGUGUGGAUCUUGGGUUUAUUAGUUCCUGUAGCACAUACUAUUUUAAUUGCUAACUUUUCAUACUGUUGUUCUCACCACAUUGACCACUUUUUCUGUGAUGUAACCCCAUUGCUUAAACUUACCUGUAGUGAUACUUUUCCUGUUGAGUUAUGUACAUACAUUAAUGGGACUCUUGUGAGUGUCAGUGCAUUUAUACUUACAUUGAUAUCUUAUGUGUUUAUUAUCUCUACUAUCCUAAACAUUCAAUCAGCAAGUGGUCGACAUAAAGCUUUUUCUACCUGCAGCUCUCACAUAACUUGUGUUAUUAUAUUUUAUGGAACAUUGAUCAGUUUGUAUAUGAGACCAGCAUCUAUGUAUUCUCCAGAACAGGACAAGUUUUUUGCCCUUUUAUAUAGUAUACUUAUUCCAAUGAUGAAUCCUCUUCUUUACACCCUGAAGAAUAAGGACUUUAAAGAUGUUUUUAAACGAUUAAUAAAAUAUUGUUUUGUUCUGAGUUAUACAUUAAAGUAG